AUGGCGUGCAUGCUCAUGAAGUGUGAGACGAAAAGCAGCAGAGUGAAGGGCGUUGCCUUCCACCCGACACUCCAGUGGUGCCUCACAGCGCUGCAUAAUGGGGCCAUUCAGCUGUGGGAUUACCGCGUGGGCUCCUUGGUGGACCGCUUCGAGGAGCAUGAAGGUCCUGUCCGUGGCGUUGAUUUCCACUCCUCUCAGCCCAUCUUCGUUAGCGGAGGCGAUGACUACCAAAUAAAACUGUGGAACUUAGCGCAGCGCAAAUGUAUAUACACAUUUUCGGGCCAUUUAGACUACAUCCGCACGACCUUCUUCCACGAUGUCUACCCCUGGAUUCUUUCCGCCUCCGACGACCAGACCGUGCGGAUUUGGAAUUGGCAGUCGCGUGUGUGCUUGGCCGUCUUAACCGGACACACGCACUACGUAAUGUGCGCGCGUUUCCACCCAACUGAAGAUUUGGUGGUGUCCGCUUCUCUCGACCAGACGCUGAGGCUCUGGGAUACCUCAGGGCUUCGGGAGCGCUCUGGGGGGGUUACUGGGGCUGUUGGACGCAGCGGCAGCAGAAGCAGCGCUCAUGGAGAUAUAUUUGCUGCUACAGAUGCCGUUUGCAAACUCGUUUUAGAGGGCCAUGAACGGGGUGCCAACUGGGCAACAUUCCACCCAUCUAUGCCCCUCAUCGCGUCGGCAGCUGAUGACAAGCUGAUUAAACUCUGGCGGUACAACUCUGUGAAGGCCUGGGAGGUGGAUACAUUGCGUGGGCACAGCAAUAACGUCUCUUGCUUGGUCUUCCAUCCGCAUCGCGACUUGUUAAUUUCGGAUUCCGAAGAUAGAACCAUAAGAGUGUGGGACGUAUCGCGUCGUACCUGCCUUCAUACCUUCAGAAGAGAUAUGGACCGCUUCUGGGUGUUGGCUGCACACCCUACUUCGGGAGCCAUCGCUGCAGGACACGACGGAGGGAUGGUAGUUUUCAAACUGACUACAGAGAGGCCUCCCUCGUGCAUGUGGACGGGGCACGAGCUGCUUUACGUAGCGGAGAGACGACUCUGCUGGAUAGACACAGCUGCACUCGUGCAUCAGCAGCAACAACAACAGCAGCUUGAGGUCAUGCUCACGGAGGUUAGGAGGCCGCCGAACGCCCUCGCUAACGGCCCCAAGCAGCUUCUUGCGAACCCACUCAACACGGGAGAAGUUAACGUCGUUGUUGUGUAUGCGGAAGGAGACAGCCUUUCCUACGACUUUCUUUGUGGUCCCCGUGCAGACGGCCGGGGUCCCCCAGCAACCGGCUGUCUAUCACAAGUUGCACAGGGGACGGGCCUGUCCUUCGCCUUCAUCGCUCGCAACAAGUUAGCCAUCUUGGAGAGCGCUCCGAACGGCAGCUGUCUGCGGAUUCAGACGGCCCCUUCAGUAUCUUCUCACGCAGCGCAUGCCACGGCGGACGCCGGCCGCAUUGAGCCCUUACCUGUCACUACGGACAAAAUUUUCUUUGCUGGGCCUAACAGGCUUAUCCUUCUCGGCGAGGACAAGAUGUACCUCUACGACGUCCCGUCGCGUCGUCUUUCUCCCCCGUUGACGUUGAACAUGGGGGGUCCUGUGAGGACAGUGACGUGGGCGCCCGACAUGCAGCAUUUGGCGCUGACUUCGAAGCAUUCUGUGGUGUUGUUGCGCGCAAAUUUUGCGGCUUUAUCUGCCGCUGCGGUCGGAGCAACCGAAAAGGAAAUGGAGGCUCCUGAGCCAGUUUUCAAGAUCCUGGCUUCUCUCCACGAGAACAUCCGCGUUAAAGGAGGAGUUUGGGAUCCCGAGUUUGGAGGUUUCAUUUACUCUACUCUGUCCCACGUAAAGUUCUGUAUGACCAAUGGAGACAGAGGCAUCGUAUAUAGCCUUUCAGAGUCCAUAUAUAUAGUCUCGGUGAUGCAGCAGCAGCUUUUAUACUUGGAUCGACGCUCACAACUGCAUUGCAGAGCACUGGCGUGCAAUGACUAUCUGUUCAGAGUGGCUCUGAGUCGUCAAGACUACAUGAGGGUUGCCUUACUUGUCCGUCAUGGUAAUCUCUGCGGUAAUGCACUCAUCGGCUACUUGAAGGAGAAAGGAUAUUCUGAAAUUGCUCUAGAGUUCCUGUCCGACUGCAAGUCCAAGUUUUUGAUGUCGUUGGAGGUUGGCCGGAUGGAUGAGGCGCUUGAAGCUGCAAAGGCUUUGAACGACAAGGCGGGAUGGCGGUUGCUGGCGGACGCAGCAAUGCAAGAGGGGCACUUCGGACUCGCGGAGAUUUGCCUCCAGAAGCUCAAGGCGUUUGAAAAGUUAUCGUUCCUCUAUUUGCUUCUGGGGGACCGCGCCAAGCUGAAGAAGAUGUUGCAUGUGUCGAAGCUACUGCGGGAGCCGCUGCUGCGGCAGCACCAAGCUUUGCAGCUGGGAGACGCAGAAGAGCGAGUAGACGUUUUAAUGGAGGCGCAGCAGCCAGGAUUAGCAUAUCUUUGCGCGAAAGUGCACGGCCUACAUGAACUAGCUGAACAACUGAGAGGAUCCGUAGAUGAGAAGGACGUUGAGGAGUUCCUUCCCAAGACACCCGUAGCGCUUUUUCCGCCCUUGCCUGUCAUGAGAUUUGGGCCAGGAGAGGCCGCCACGUGGAAGCCAGCAGUUUCAGGAGAAUUGUCUCCUUUUGCUGCAGCAUUGCGUGCCGUCGAUGAAAUGGAUCCUGAGACGGCUCGCUUGAUGUUGCACAAGGGCAUGGACACGAAUGAGACGGACGUGACUGGUGCAGGGAGGGGCGCUGGGAUGGUAGGGGAUUGGGGGGAGGCCGCGGGGGUUGGCAGUGAUGAACUGGAGGACUUUGCAUCUGUUGGCGCAGCGGCAGAAGGGGAGUGGAGAGACGCAAUCGAUAUUGGAAUAGAUGAUGAACCAGCUGUUGCUGAAGGGCCAGGGAGGGGCCAUGGGGUACUCAACGGAAAAACAGAGGGGCUUCAUGCAGACACACCAGGGGCAGACCCCACAGCCACUUGGAGGCAGAAGCCCAUCCCAUCGGAUCUUGUUGUAGCAGGGGACUUCACCGGCGCCAUCCAGAUGCUACGGCGUCGUCUGGGCCUUCUGCGUGUUGCUCCAUUUGAGCCUGUGUUCCAAAAGAUCUACGAAGCUAGCUGGGUUCAACUGAAGGGUCACUCCUUUGCCCCGCCACUGCAGCUGCCUCUCAUCCGGGGGCAGCCCUUCAGGACAGCAGGUCCUCCUCGCUUGAUCAACAGUGCAUAUCUGCUUACGCAAGUCAGAGAAGCCCACAAACUGGUUACAGGGGGAAAGUUUGCAGAGGCCCUUACUGCGUUCCGGAAGGCCCUUAUUACCCUUGCACUUGCAGUGGCGGAAAAUCAAGAAGAGGAGCAACAGUUACUAGAGAUGCUGGACAUCUGUAGAACGUACAUCACCGGCAUGAAACUGGAGACGGCUCGUCUGGCCCUUGCGGAAUCUGAUGCGCAGCGCAGUACGCCAAAAUUUGACAUAUCAUACAGAAAUGUAUCUGAUGCUGAUGCUGUUGCUUCUUGCAGUGAAGGUUGUUCUGAACCUGUGUGCACUGAUAGAGGCGUAGAUGCCAAUGUGUCUUGUGCUGUGUUCGCCCGCCGGCUGCUCUCUGGAACUUACUCGGGUUUAAAAGGCGCACCAGAAGAGCUGGAAAAGGCAAAGAAGGUUCUCCUGCUUUGCGAGCAGAAAGGAACAGACGCCAUCAACAUAAAUUAUGAGCCUGCAGAAGCAGAGAACAUGCUGCUCUGCACGUCAACCCUAACGCGGCUGGACCCAGGCACCCCUGUUGUUCGCUGUGGUUUCUGUGGGGCAGUGGCCCAGCAGCGUGUGCAAGGCGGGUUGUGUAGGGUUUGUGAGGUUUCGGAGCUUGGCGCCAGAGUGGUUGGCGUUCAGUUCCUUCCGAUUGUCUGA